UGUUUAGUAUUUUGACAUUACAAGUGUCUAAUUCACUGACAAAUUAGCAAACUGUGAAUGAGACUUUAUCCAACCAAUAUGUUGUCAUAUGUAAUUUUGGCUGUAACUCUAUUAUGGAGUUGUUAUCAUGUAGAGGCUGGCCAAUGUGAUUCUGUGCAAGGAAAGACAACAUGUAUAACAGAAGAUCUUUUAAAAAUGUUGAUGGGAAUGAAUAAAUGUUCCUGUAAAAGCCACAGACAGGGAGCAGUAUUUUUUGCUUUCCUGAAGGCAACUACAACUUUUGCUGGAAAUGAUGUACUAAAGUUUGAUGAAGUGACAACAAAUAUUGGUGGAGCAUAUAAACCUGGUACAGGAAUAUUUACAGCACCUCAAGGUGGAGUCUACAUGAUAUCGUGUGUCAUGAUGGGAGCUUCUUCAUCACAUAUCCACUAUUAUUUGUACAAAAACAACAACAUGUUCUCAAAGGGGUUCACCAGCAGGUCAACUGUUCAUCAUGCCAGCCCCAGCACUAAUAACUGGAUUGUUGAGCUAGAAAAGGGGGAUCAAGUGUACAUCAAACAUAGAAUAAGUGGUAGAGAAACAGUCCAUGGAGGUCAUCAUUCUUAUUUUUCUGGUUUUCUUAUACAAUAAAUUAAUUUUAUUACUUCA